AUGAAAGACCCCCUGGCCGUGCUGAAUGCCAUCCAUCAGGUGUUGGUUUCGGCAGGAUUGCAUGCAGAGCUCUCGCUACCCACCAUUGCAGUGGUGGGAUCGCAGUCUGUGGGCAAGACAUCUGUUUUGCAGAGCCUCGUGGGCAGAGAUUUUCUACCACGAGGAAGCGGGAUAGUGACCCGGCGGCCGUUGAUUCUGCAGCUUCAACAGGUCCGCAAUGCAGGAGCCGGACACAGCGAGUGGGCAGAGUUCCAGCACAGCAAUCGAAGGUUUAGUGACUUCGGCGACGUCCGCAGAGAGAUCGAAGCCGAAACGGCGCGUGUGUGUAGUGGCAGUCGCAGUGUCAGCGACGAGCCGAUCCUUCUCAGAAUCUUCUCUCCGGCAGUCAUGGACUUGACCCUUGUCGACCUACCCGGACUGACCAAGGUACCAACCGGUGACCAGCCCAAGGACAUCUCUAAGAGAAUCCAGAAUCUGGUCAAGAAGUACGUGGCUAGCAGCAACACUCUGAUCCUUGCCGUGUCCGCGGCAAACGUCGACUUGGCCACCUCGGAUGCGCUUGCUUUGGCCCGAGAGGUGGAUCCUCAGGGUCAGCGCACAGUCGGGGUGCUCACGAAGCUGGACCUGGCAGAGGAACAGAGCACAGCCUUCGAAGCACUUGCGGGUGAAGUCUACCCACUUCGCCUGGGCUACACCGCGGUUGUUUGCAGGAACGAGAAGUCAAGCCAGGCUGGGAUGACCUUCGAGGAUGCACUGAAGGAGGAACACGAUUUCUUCACGCGACAGCAGCGCUUCGAACCACUGCUGUCCCAGUGCGGCAUUCCCAACCUCGCACAGCGACUGCAAUUCCUGCUCUUGAACCACAUCAGAGAGGCUUUGCCUUCCCUGCGCACGAACGUGCAGCAAGUGGCUGGGAAGUGUCGCGAGGAGCUCGCGACUCUCGGCGACGAAAACCUGGAGAAGCAGAUGGGGCAAGGGCCACUCUUGCUACAUUUGAUCUCCUGCUACGUGCGUCAUUUCGGUGACUUGCUUGAGGGCCGCGUCGAGCAUCGUCUACAGGAACCUCCGCCAGCCAAGCUGGUUGGUGGCGCUCGGAUCCAUCACAUUUUCCAUCGAGUGUUCGCCCAGGAGAUACUCCAGUUCGAUGCCUUCACGGGGCUGUCUGACAUGGACAUCCGCGUUGCAAUGAGAAAUGCUGCUGGCCCUAAGCCACAGCUUUUCGUGCCAGAGAUCGCCUUCGAAAGGAUGGUGAAGCGCCAGAUUCAAAAGCUGGAAGAUCCGGCCCUUCAGUGUGUCGCCUUGGUCUUCGAGGAGCUGAAGCAGUUGGCCUCUCAAAGUGGCCUUGGCUGCGGGCAGGCGCUGCUGCAAGGUGAAGUCGGCGACCUGCAACGGUUUCCAGGACUGCGCGAGAAGGUUCUCGAAGUCGCGCACAGCGUCAUUCGAAGGUCCCUGCAGCCGACACACAACAUGGUCUCCAACUUGAUCCGGAUCGAAAGAGAGUUCAUCAAUGUGGAUCACCCGGACUUCAUCGGGGGCUUGCGAGCCAUGUCUUGUGUCCAGGACACACGGCCAGAGACGCCUCCAGCAGCCGAGGCCAUGGGAAGCCGGCAGCCCUCACAGAACGAGGACGUAAUACGGCUGCCGCCCGUGCCGCUGGUCGUCACCCCCGCGGGGGAGCCUUCGGAGAAGGAGCGCAUGGACACGGAGCUCCUGAAGUCGCUGCUGCUGUCUUAUUUCACGAUAGUGAAAAGAAAGAUCAUCGACUCCGUCCCUAAGGCCAUCAUGCAUUUCAUGGUCAAUUCGGUACAGGAGACCCUGCAUGCGGAGUGCAUCUCCGAGUUGUACAAGCCCGAGCUCAUCUCUCAGCUUCUGCAAGAGCCUGAGGAGCUCCGACAGAAACGUCGAAGCUGUGAGGCGGGGAGCUCCUGA